AUGCUCCAAGACCGGAAAGCAAACGGCGCGCUCGCAGGCGCCUCCCGACGUGCAGAUUUUCCACACUAUGGAACUCCGCCAAAUCUACCGUGGCUAAGCUAUUUACCUAGAUCUGCAGUGGCGGGUGAUGCCUCGAUGUACUUGGAUGCCGAGCUCCAAGCACUGAGCCGCUACUUAGCCCCGAGUCAGCACGAGCAGGACCAAAUUCAUCGCAUAAUCGGACAAGUUGGCGCCUUGAUAGAGAGGGUCGUGCCGUAUAGUCCGCAGCUGAUAGGCCCUCACCGAACGGGCUUGGCGCUGGCGCAUUCGAACGUGAGCCUGCUGUUGCGCUACGACGACGUGCCGCGCUCUCUAGACAAUUCUAGGAGGCCGAGCGCCACGAGGCCACAGAUCAAGGAAGCCCAUAUGAACUUGCUGCGCCGUGUCGAAUCAGCUCUCCAAGCUACUGAACUCUUCAAUGGCCUGGUUAAACUACAAGGGAAACGGAGGCCCUUCUUAGAGGCACGACACCAACCCACAGGGCUGCUACUGAACUUUCGCUGCGACGAGGGUGUUCCUGUCCUCACGGAGUACCUCCAAGGUUAUUCGGAAGAGUAUCCUGCGCUGAGGCCUUUGUAUACCGCUGCGCGGACUUUGCUCGAGGCGCAUAGCCUGUUCGGCGACUCGCACGCGAGCAUCGAACCCGAUGCGCUAGCUUUACUUGUCGUUGCGUUUCUCAAGACAACCCAUGGACGGUUUCCUGGCUAUAGUCGGCUUGGUGACCAAUUCUUAGGCUUCCUCCAGCUAUACGGUAUGGAGGUCAAUCUUUCGUCCGUAGGAGUGGCCGCAGAUCCUCCAGGGUUUUUUAGCAUUAAGACCCUCCGCACGCCCCCGACCAAAGAAGUAGAGCCUGCACACCUUCGUGGUCAGCGGUCUCUGAUCAAUGCGAAGCAUACAGCUGCUGUGAAAGGUAAUAGACCAGCAAGCCGAAGGCUGUGUGUUCAGGAUCCGUCUCAUUACAUGAAUAACCUGGGGCGCUCGUGUACUCGGGUGGUGGAGAUGCAGAGGGUCUUUGCCAAGGCGCACGAACGGCUGGUCGAGUCUCUGGGCGAUUGGGACUCGCAACCGAAAAAAGAAUCGAUCCUGAAGGAUGGCCUCCAUGCUAAUUUUGCUGAACUGGAGAGGUUUCGGAGAAGAAUGAUACUUUCUGCGCAUCAUGCCGAAGGCUCCUACGUGUGA